CUGAAAGGUAGAGAAGUUAUUAGUUGGAGCGGUUGAGAUACGGCUCACACUUUCCAACUGUUACUGUAGCGGCAUUAUGAAUAGAUACGUACUAAAUUUGGUUCAAGCAUCUGUGCGUCACUAUAGUUUGAAGCCACCAGGUCGCAAGAAUUGGCCGCUUCCAAUGAUGUUGGGACCACAGACAACCAGACAUCCGAAGUUCCCGGGGUGGUCACUUUAUUAUCUACCGGUGACCGAUAACAAAUACAUGUGGUUUAUAAUCAUGUCGCUCUUUCAUUUCACUGGAUUUGCGAUACCUAUACUUGGCGUCUGCAAGAUGCUCAAAACGAUGAACCAAUAGAAUCGGGACGAGUGUUCUGAAUCCUGGAUUAGCAAGUUCCAUGGUCCGGAAAGUUGUACGAAUACAUCACUUUUUAGACUUUUCUAGUUAUUUUCUUCGUAAAGCGAUUUUGUAGAAAGCUGUUUAUCUAGAAGUGCAGAUAAAAUUUCGUCCAAACAACUGAUCUGAAAUUUGCCAGUCGCUGUAGCAGUUGUUUUUGUAGAUAACGACCUCAUGCUGAUUGAACUAAUUUUUGAAAAACAGUGAUAGUCUUUACUCCGUUAAGAUUCUGUUUCAGUCGCUAUUUUAAGACAAUUGUAUACAACGAAAUUAAUGAUAAAAAAAAGAUAAACUUUCAUGAGUUCUGUUGUCCUUUCUAUAAAUUUAACUGCGACGUGAUAACCAACUUGUUAAAGUGCAACAGUUACGAAUUUUAUGAAAUGCGUGGUCUAUUUCAACGUAACAGUAUUCUAAGUGUAUGCAGUCGUUUGUGGAUUCAUGAGCAAUAAAUAAAUCUGCAUAUCAUU